GUUUUGUACAGAGGUCAUUUAGUAAAAUCAGUUGAGUUCACAACAGCUGCUGCAUUAUCUGCUAAUGGUGACACUUCAAAGAUGGAAGAUUUGAGUUUAGGAUAAUUUGGUUUCUUUGUCACAAACUAACCCUGUAUUAAAGUUUUUAAUGGAAUUGAUUCAGUGUUGUGUAGGCGAUCACCAUGAUUGACACGACCAAUGAAAUCUUUAGAAUCUGUGGUGGGCGGAGUCUGUGCUUUAACUGUGUUAAAAAGGUGAGGAAUAUUCACAUGAUCCUACAGGACUGGAGCAGACACCAGGAACAGCUUCUGAAAAUGACACAUACUAUGGUAAAGAUGGAGUCUGCUAAAGAGGAGAUUGAAGACAUUAGUGUCUCAGAACCAUCCAGAAUAAAACAUGAAGAUACUGAGACUGAAUGGAAGUCAAACAGCAAAGACAUGAGGUGAAUGAAGCGGAGGCGGAAACUUGUAAAAUCAAAGGCGAACGGCUGCUCACAUGCACUCAGUGUGGAAAGAGUUUCAGACACAAAGGAAACCUUAAGAAGCACAUGAGGAUCCACACUGGAGAGAAACCACACACAUGCUCUCAGUGUGGAAAGAGUUUCACUGCAGUAUCAAGUCUCAGUUUUCAUCUGUGCAUCCACUCUGGAGAAAAGCGUUUUAACUGUGAUCAGUGUGGUAAAAAGUUUAUUUCAUCAUCAAAUCUAAAAACACACCGGAUAGUUCAUUCAGAAGAGAAGCCUCAUGUGUGUUCUUACUGUGGAAAGAGUUUUUCAUGGCUGCUCAGUUAUAAACAGCACCAGAAAACACAUAAUGAAGUGAGAGAUCACAUGUGUUUUGAGUGUGGAAAGAGCUUUGCUACAGUUGGUCAUCUGAAACAGCACCAAAGGAUUCACACUGGAGAGAAACCUUACAAGUGUUCAUAUUGUGACAAGAUCUUCAACCAGUCUGGAAACCUGAAAGUACAUGAGCGAAGUCACACUGGAGAGAAACCAUAUCACAGUACUCAGUGUGGAAAGAGUUUCACUCAGUCAUUGACUCUUGUGACUCAUAUUAAAAAACAUUGUUCAGUGAGCAAAAGUUUUCUUCAGAUUCAGUAUUUCAAAUAAAUUAUGUGCUAUUUAGAUUUAGUAAAUAUGAGAUUAGCUCAAAUAAACUAAUUUUGCUUUGAAAUGCCACAAGAUUUGCGAUUUUGUUGUAGAACUGCAAGAGAAUUUAGUCACUUUAUUCUUACAGUGAUGUUGUUUAUUCUUUGUUUAAAUAUCUGCUCAUUAAGACACUGUCAAAGAAAAUUGAAAAAUAUUAAACUAUAUAUUUUUUAUAAAUGCAUUAUUGUUAUGUAUGCAACUUAAAAGCUGCAUAGGCUCUGUAUAAUGAUGCAAAUAAAGAUUUGCACUGACA